UCCUCUUGUGUCCUCGCUUUUCCAAUAUUCGCAGCACUUUGCUUAUGGUAGCUGUAGUUUUAUUCAGUAUUUCUUUUCGCACAUUUCCUGUCUAGGCUAGUUAAUAAGAGACUAUAUUUACCAGCAUUCUAUAGGCCAAUUAUUGUACCCGUGACGUUACGAAGCAGACUGACUGAGGCACUGGUAAACAAACUAAUGGCUGUUCCGCCGUGGCCUGAGUACUGCUGGUGAACAAUCUACCAAUUAGAGCUAUUAUUAAGCCACCGAUAGGGACUAGAAACAGUUCAAAAGGUUUAACUGAUACGGGUGUUCGUGAUGUAUUUAAUUUAAGCCUGGUUAUUUAAUCGUGUUGUGUAAAUCUGUAGAAUAUUCUAAUUAGAGUUUAGACUGUGACAUUUCUCCCCUGGAACUGACGUUAAAGCCCGCGAUCAUGGACGAUAAUAAGGUGUCUGGAGGAAAAGUGAAGAAACCCGGCAAACGGGGAAGAAAACCGGCCAAAAUAGACUUAAAGGCAAAAUUGGAACGAAGCCGGCAAAGCGCCCGUGAAUGUAGGGCCAGGAAGAAAUUGAGAUACCAGUACCUUGAGGAGCUGGUGUCUAGUAGGGAGAGAGCAAUCUGUGCCCUGAGAGAGGAACUUGAAAUGUACAAGCAGUGGUGCACAGCAAUGGAUCAAGGAAAAAUCCCUUCUGAAAUCAAAGCUUUACUUAGUGGUGAGGAAUUCAGUAAAUCUGCACCUAAUUCAGGCAAACCGCACAGACCAGGGAAAACAGACCAUGCAGAGAAAUGUCCCUGAACACAACUUAUAUGUAUGAUGAAACAUCCACAUAGUGGCAGAAAAUGGCACACACAGAUGAUGAUGGUGUCUGGUGGAACCAUCUCAACCGUAAAUGGGUUACCUGAGCUUGAACUUUUGGCAGCAACGGACGGUCGGGGCAUGAAGUCACCUAUAGCCCAGCAGAUAUUCUCACACCUCUCUUCGCUGCCUUGUUAUAACAAGUGUAAUACUUUUUGCUUGUUUUAAGCUACGUUAGGAUUACUCCUACAGCUUCAGAGUAAAAUAGAGAGAGAGCUAAGAAUGCAUGAAUCUUCAGUAGGAAGAAAAUCUUUUAAACUAUUUUGUUUAAGGAUAUUAAGCUGAAAUAUUUGCCUUGUGUUUUAUUUUUGGAAGACUUUAUUUACAAUAUAUUUUUGAAAUAACCUAUAAUUUUAAAGAAACUGACUUUUUACAGAUUGACACACAAUUAGAGACAUUAUUUAUUUUCACUUACACUUAAAACUGCCCAUAACUAUUUACUUUGUCUAAAAUCCUAACCUGGUUGUGACAAAAAUGCAAGGGCCAUUAAACUUUAGCAUUGCAAAGGUAUUAUUUUACUUUUUAAACAUCGUUUUUUUUUUUCCCACUACCCCAAAGAGAAUGGAGUGCACACGGUGGACUUAAGAACCCUUACCUUUCAACAGUCUACAUAUUUAUUGCUUAUAUCUGCGCAGGAGCUCAUUUUUAUCUAGUCCUAAUGAGCCCCAAGAAAGGAGAGAAGGGAAUCGUACCCCAUGCAUUUCAGUGCUCAGUUGCCAAUAUUUACUAUGCAUAUAUAAAUAAAAUAAAGCUUAAAUCUCCCUUAAAGGAAUGUAACAAUUAUUAACUUUUUAGGUUAGAUAUAGUCAUAAACAGCAAGGAACAUUUUAGACAUAAAAUAGAUUUUUAAGAACUUGUGUUCCCUUUGUCACAUGUAUAGAAAACUGACAACCAAAAAAUAAAUAUUAUUUUCCAUGUCCACUUAUAGGGGAGAACUCUUUGGGUCUCCUUUAAUUGAUUUUAGUUGAUAACUUGUCAACCCUAUUUUAUUGUUCAAUCAAUGCAUUUGAAAACUUAUUUUCUUGAAUGUUAAACUUCAAAUGUAUUCUUUAAAAUUCAUUAGGUUUAUUUGAGAAUGUUUCACAAUAUAGCAAAAGGUGCCAUAACAACAAAAAUAGAUUUCAACAGAAGGCAAGAGUUUGUUUUUGUUCUUAUUUAGAUAACCUAUUAAUGUUAGUAUAUUUUUAAAUUGGUACUUUUUUUGCACUGUUUAUCUCCUAAAUCUCUUAUAGGGUAUAUGAAAACUGACCUGUCUCAGGUAGCCAUUUUGUUUCACUGAAUGAAACACAAGGAUUGGGGUUGAUUACAAUGUUUAACAUUUCAGAAUAAAAAGAUUUUGUUUUACACAAA